AUGAAGCUCGUGAGGUUUCUUAUGAAAUUGUCCCAUGAAACGGUAACCAUCGAACUCAAAAAUGGUACGCAGGUUCAUGGAAGCAUUGCUGGUGUUGAUGUGUCAAUGAAUACACAUAUGAGAUCCGUUACUUUGACACUUAAAAAUCGGGAUGCCAUUAACUUAGACACACUAACUGUUCGUGGAAACAACAUUCGAUACUUCAUUCUCCCAGAAAGUCUUCCACUUGACACACUUUUGAUUGAUGAAGGCCCUCCGAAAAGAAAACCUGGGCGAGAAGAACGACCGACCAUUCGUGGACGGGGUCGCGGCCUUGUUCGUGGUCGUGGGCGUGGUGGACCCCGAGGGCGUGGUCGUGGUCCUCCGAUGCGUUAUUAA